GGUUAAUUCUCCCUUUUCCUCGUAACAACGUUAACAAUGGGUUUUUGUUCGAUUGCUGGAUGUUUUGAAUUUUGCCGAGGACGCAGAGCUCCACUGCCGUCAUCAGCAUCAGGAACGGCAGCGUCAGUGCUAGGAGGGGCCGGGGGUAAACAGGAGAAGCUCAGCUCGAGGCCUUGUCGAAUGCCUCAAGGAGAUGAACUGACCGCGUGUUUGAGUACAGCACCGUACAAUUUGGUGGAGAGUGCGGCACCUCAUUCGAGAGCUCGGUGUUGGUCUACGCGUGAUAUCAAUAAAUAUCGAGGCGAUAUGAUGUUUGUGUCGGUGGACGAUCCUAUCCUCAGCAGACUGAUCGUCUCGGUGUGCAUCCAGCUUGGCCUUGGCGUCCUCGUAUGUGAUCCUGGUGACUUCGAGGCCGUUUGGAAGGAAGUAGUGGAACCCUGCUGCCCGGCUAGAGCCGUCUUUAUCGUGUGUACUGAUCGUCCUGGUUUGUGUAAUGUGGUCGAAGCCAACGGCUCGCUAUUGUCCAGCCGCAUUAUCAACGUUCAUUUAGUGGGAGCUGUUGAGAAGACGUCGCUUGAUAAGGAGGCAAGUCGUCAUUUCUUCCGUAAUAAAGUAACUCGUUGGAGAGCAGCCCCGGAAGCUCACGUUGGGAACCAUGUGAACCCAUUGGAUGCAUCGGGCUCGGGGUGCAGGAAUCGAUCGGCGGGAACAGGAGAGGACGGUGACCAGAUCGAGAUGGUCCAUCUAAUGUUUGACCAAAUGUUUAGGGACUCGGAUGCAGCUAUGGAUCAACAAAUCCUCAACUUCCAACGGAUAGUCGGGACCUUGCCGCAGCAUUUGGCUAGAAGUGACGAGCAGCGUGUUAAGGAUAUAUGCAAGGAUGACAACCCUCAUGAGGAUGCUCUUGAUGUGCUCACUAGGAUGCACGAUGAGGACGGCAAGCGCAACGAUGCUGGUAACAGGAACUAACUUUCCAUCACCAGUAGAGG